AUGGUCCUCUCCACCUUCGACAUCGAGCCUCAAUUCCAGUCGACCCACCGUGAUAUUUCAUCUUUAGAGGCGCCUGUAUCGCUUGCGACAGAACCUGAAUACCACGCAUGUGUUCAAGAUUACGGCGAUGUCGUGCCGGGCGUCUCUCCACUGGUGGCUUCAGUGACCGAGAGGUUGUUGUUGGAGCUACCACUGUCUCUUGUGGACUAUAGUCAUGUUUCUUCCGCCGAACACGUUUUUGGCGAAACGGUAUACAACUUCUGGGAUGGCGGAAGCCAAGCGGGAGAUGGGUGUCAUAUUUCCAGGGAAGAAACGAUAGGGAACCUACUUGUCACAGACGGUUCUUUGCCGUUGGUAUCGAAAGGUGCUCCUGAUGAUCACGCGGCGAUUGUACCGGGCAGCUGGAACUUUUCUGUCGAUCUCCUCCCACCACCACCCCCGGACAUUUACUCACUUCCGGCCACCCUUCAAAUCGGCUGCAACCAACUGGACCAACCCAUCUACAGAGUUCCCGAUCACAAUCGUCCCCCAGCUACCCGGCAAGCCUCUACUAUUCUUGCAGCUCAGCCAAUUGCCGCCACAACUUCAGCAUCCUCGCUCGGAAUCCUCCAGUCUCAUGAGGUUGUCAGCACCGACGCCGAGACCGUCACCCGCAAACGCCAACGGAACACCCUUGCCGCUCGGAAGUACCGCAAGAAGCGUCUCGACCGCAUUACUGAACUUGAGCAAGCGCUACAGGAUGUGACGCAGCAAAGAGACGAGUUAAGGCUGCAGUUAGCGCGGCAAGAGGCCGAAACUAAGACGUUACGGGAGAUGAUGGACGGGAGGAGAUAG